AUGCAUGCUCUUGAAAUAAAUCCAGAAGGUCACUUUUGGGUCGGUGGUACUGAUGUACUGGUGGAUGGUCAGUGGAUAUGGAUAAGCAGUCAGGAGAGGAUCGAGUACACAGACUGGGGACCAGGCGAACCGAAUGGGGCUACACGGGAAGGCUGUCUCAUGUUGAAUGGCGGGAAAUAUCAUUUUCACUGGAACGAUGCCAACUGUCAUUCGCUUCAGUCUUUCAUUUGUGAAAAACAGUUGGACUUAGGAGGCAGUCCUUCAGUAAUUGGAUGAAACGCUCUUUAACACAACGAUAAUCAAUAUUAUAUAAAAAAAAAUUUUUUAAAGAGCAAUUUGGAUUCCUAGCAUUUUUUUGGAAGGGGGAUAGUAGUUGCC